AUGGCGUCGCCGUCGACCGCGGAGUGGCGCGGCACGAGCGACCAUAACGUCACGGAGACGGCCUUUGACGCCGUCAAGUGCAAGCUCUCCGCAGUGACGCUCGGCUACUUCGAGGACCCAUUUCUGCGCUUCUUCGUAGAGAAACCCACGCGCCGCAUACCUCUGAUCCAUCGUGGAUAUUACUUGCGGCACGUAGCUAUCACUCGUUGUGUUGAGCUCUUCCUGUCGCAGCAUGCAACAUCCGCUGAAGUGAACAUCGUUUCGUUGGGUGCCGGCUUCGACACGCUGUUCUUCCGUCUCCUGGAGCAGCGCGCGUUUGCUGGGAAAAUUUCCUUCGUGGAGGUGGACUGUGACGCCAUCGUGAGGGCGAAGACGAAGCUUCUGAACGACGACGACAUUCGCGCAGGUCUUGCCGAGUGCCGUCUGCUGGGCUUCCGGACUGCGGCUGAUCACGCUCGGCGUCUGCUUGCUCUUGUUCACUGGCAACGGUGCCGCAUUCUGGACAUGAACGGUGUCUUCGCAGCCUGUACAACCGCAGACGAGAAGCGCAGACUGGCAACACUGGAACCGUUCGACGAGUUCGUCGACGGGACGCUCUGCAACGCCCACUACGCGAUUUACCUCGCCGACAACUGCAAGGACCAAGAUACGGACGGCCUCCAGUGGACCUCACGGUUUCAACCGGAGGUGAUGAUUAUCCGAUCGUUCCAACACGAUGACCUGGCCACCGUGCGCUCGCUGUUUGAGAGCACGCACCUGGAGUUUGCUAAGGGGUCCCGAGCGGUGCGUCAAUUCGUCGCGAAUCGCCUUAGAGGUCCCAGCGGAGACAUGUUCGACGUGCAGCAAGCCUUCCAGACUCCCAAUGGUGCAGGCCUUAUGACGAGCGGCUUCUGGGUUGCUGAAGUUGGUGGUGAAGUUGUAGGCUGCGUGGGUGUCAAGCCGCUGACGACUGACGAAGGCCAGCAAACCGCAGAGCUUUGCCGACUGAGCGUCUCCCCCGCAGUUCGUCGUCGUGGCGUGGCUUCGGCCUUGGUGAGAACUGUCGAGGCGUUCGUGGCAUCUUGCGGCGCGUUGAAGGAGAUUCGUCUCGAGACGAUCGGCGCCAUGGAAGGAACUCAGCAACUGUACCGCGCUCUCGGGUAUACCGAGCAGAAGGAGAGCGAGAAGCAGCACAGCUCCUUCAAGCUCGUUCGUUUCCAGAAAACGCUUUAGGUGGCAUCGGGCCUUGGAUGUGUUAUCCCCUAUAAAUACAGGAACACACAC